AUGUCUGCUUUGUCAACUAAACAUGAACUUUCUCUUCACUCCGCUGCAGAAGAAAAUGACCUGGUUAGACUCGAACAACUCUUACUCGAUGGAAAUUCCUAUACAGUUAAUUUACAGGACCAGCACGGUAGGACGGCACUUCACUGUCUCUUAGAUCCCCAUACCUUUUCUGAUUUGGACGAAGUAAAGAGAGGAAUUCAAAUCCUUUUAGAUAGCGGAGCGGAUAUCAACAUACAAAACGAACAUGGAGAGACGCCACUUCAUACGGUGGUUCAGAACUACUUGGAGUUCAUUCCGGAAAUUAUUCGGUACAUAUUAACUCACAGCAAAACUUAUAUCAUGGAAACACAGGAUGAGGAAGGAUUCUCAUUAUUUCACUUGUUCAUGUCUGAUUUCAGUGACAAUGUCAAAGAAAAGAAGGAAUAUCAAAAACUUUUGCUGGAAAAGAAUGAAUUCAUUAAAAGUUUACUUUGUGGAGAAAUUAUGAAAUGUAAUUGUUCUGCUUUAUUGAAUCAAAAAGAACGCAAAGGAUAUUCAGCAUUCCUUACUUUUCUGGGGAAUUCUGAUUGCCCCAUAGAAACAGUACAAUUAAUGAUUGAUUGUGGGGCUGACGUAAACACUUCAACUGAAAUAGGAACGACUCCUCUUAUGGAGUCUGUGUUCAGAAGACGGAAGGAUAUUGUAGAAAUUCUGUUGAAGGCAGGAGCAAACCCAAAUCAAACAGACAUAUUCGGUCAAAGUUGUAUUUUUCGUGUCUAUACUACCGAUUGUUUUGAAUUGCUGAGUCAAUAUGGUGCCAAUUUCUACAUCAAAGAUAAAUUUGGAAGAACCCCAAUAACAAAUGUUGCACUUUACACGCCGGAAGAUCUUCCUCAAUCAAGCAUUGUCAUUUCACAGAACUUUUCGAAGCAUUCACCAUUGUUUGAAAAGUUCCUAGAUAUUGGAGUAAAUUGCAACGAAGUUGACAAGCAUGGUUCCUCCCUUCUUCAUUAUGGGGCAUGGUAUGGAGAUUCCACAAUGAUCAAAGCACUAAUACAACAUGGCGCAGAUUUGAAUAUCUUGGAUUUUAAUGGCUACUUACCUUUGGAUUUAGCAAUGCAUGUUGGAAAUGAUACCAUUUACAGCUUACUUGGUGGAACUCAUGAAGCAGACACUCGAACUGACAAUGAAACUAAGUAUUGCAAAUUUCUCAUUAAUGAAACUGAAACAGACAAUAUGAAGACGGUGCUGAAUGAGUAUUUAGGAAUUAAGGAUGACCCUGCUUAUCUUUUGAUGUCACUUGUGAAGUCUCCGAGGUUAGGAAUGACGGAAAUAAGAGCCGAACCAAGACAUAUAAAGUCAGAAGUCACCGGACUGAUGCACAGGAUAGCAGACGUCAUCGGAAGAUUGAAUCCGCUUUUUACCUGUACAGUCUAUCCUACAGGGAGUUCGUCUGAGGGUACAAAGGUCGCAGAUCCGGACGAAUUCGAUUUUGUGUUCUGUUUGAAUAUCUUUUCAAACCAUUGUAUACCACAUCAGGAUGUCAGUUGUAUGAACAGUGGGUUUGUAAGUUUAAAAAUUAAGUCAAAUGAAGUUCGAGGGAAGUUUGAAUCCUUUCUUGAUGAUGAGACUUUCUCAGCAGAACUUAUUAGGGGUACAUUUCAAGAUUUGGUUACUUUUGCCCUUAACAACCCAGACGUAUGGACCUCUGAAUAUUUGUGUUUUGAAGGUCUAGUUGACUAUCCUGCGGAUAAACCAGUUCUGAAACUAGAAAUCGAUUGGUACGGUCCCAUUAUGAAACAUAUUGUAGUCAGUGUUGAUAUUGUUCCUGCUGUUCAGAUAAAAGAUUGGAAACCCGUGGAAAUAAUUGACAAACAGGCAAUAUGUUCUGUUACCGAACAAUAUUUGCUUAUUCUGCAUUCACCAGAGCGCUGUCCUUGGAGCGGUAAAAAAUGUGACCAACUAGUAAGAAUUUCCAGCUCUCUUAUGGAAAAGCAACUUCUAAGCAGUCUUCCUUAUAUUUGCACUGAAAGUUAUGCAGCAGCCAAAAUUUUGAAAAGUUUCAAUUUUUGUCCAAAAAUUCAGUUUGAUGAGGAAAUUAUCCUAGAAACGGUAGGUUCCAUCGGAGUUUUGUUUGAUGAACCACAGUCAAGUUUGACUGGAAACUUGGAAGAUGAAUUGAAGAUGGAGGAUGAAGGUAACCUGACCAAACGAAAAGAAGGCGAUGAAGGCAUUAUAUACGAACAGACGACCAGUCAGAUUUUACCCUCUCGAGUCUCCCAUGACAUUUCAAAAUCUGAAGAUGUCAUGGAUAAAACACAAACUUCCGAGCACAGACCUGUUUUGCCCUGGAUGAUGGAUAUUGAUGAAACUUACAACAGUUCCAAAAAUUUGAAUGAAGGUGGUUCAGAAUUGGAUGACAAAGAGGUGAAUGGACAGCCAAAAGGCAGUCUAAACUCAGUAAUAGACUCCGAACAAAACUCUGAAUUAGAUUGUGCUGAUAGGAACAACAUCACCGAAAAUGUCCAUAGAAACAGCACUCAGGACAGUGCGAAUGAUAGCAUCAAAAGUACAAAUGAUAAUACCGACGAAGACGUAGGUAGUGAGGAAAAUUCUGAGAACUUGGAAGACGAUUCGUCAGGUGGUACUGAGUGGGAAGGGAGUGAUGUCGUGUCUGCGUUCGAUGAAAUUUCCAGCUUUAUGUUGAAAAUGUGUUUGUUUCAUGUUGUGCAAGAAGAGAAAACCAAAAACGGUGAUGUGCCUACUUUUACUCUUUUGGAACUGACCAUAAAGAUUUACGAGAAGUUGCUGACAUUCGCCAAGGAAGGCCGUUUACCUUCUUAUUUUCUUCCUUUUCUGGAUGUUUUGACAUACGUUAAACUCAUAUAA